AUGGCAUAUUUGAACGCCGUUAUUAAAGAUUCUGAUAUGGAUCGGUAUAUGCAAGAAGAAGCUUUGACUGUAGCGGCAGAUGGAAUGGAUAAACAUGGUAUAGAUAAAGAUAUGGCUUCACAUUUAAAACAAUAUUUUAAUUUAAAAUAUGGAAGAACAUGGCAUUGUAUUGUUGGAAAACAAUUUGGAAGUGACGUUUCAUAUGAAGAACAAGGUUUUUUAUAUUUUUUUCUUGGAGAUAGAUCAUUUCUACUAUUUAAAUCAGGUUAA